UCCCCUCCGUCCCCUUCCCGUGCCCCGGCGCUUUAUAUCGGGCGGCGCGGGGUGGCGGGGAGCGCGGGCGAUGGCGGCGGCUAUGGCGUGGCCACGCGGCCUCUUGGCUCUCUUCAUCCUCGCUGGGAUAACGGAUAGCGUCGCAGGGACAACUGGCUUUAUAAAGUCACCGCUGUCUCAAAAGAGGCUUGUUCAGGACAGCGUCGAGUUGCACUGCGAGGCGAUUGGCAAUCCCAUCCCUGAGAUCCAGUGGUGGUUUGAGGGAAACGAUCCCAAUGAGACCUAUGCUCAGCUCUGGGAUGGCGCGUGGCAGGACCGAGUCAAAAUCAACGCCACCUACAACCUGCACUCCACCAGCACCAUCCACAUCGUAAACCUCACGAGCGACGAUUCGGGCAUGUAUGAAUGCCGGGCCAGCAACGACCCUGACCGCAACCACUUGUCGAAGAGUCCCAAAGUCAAGUGGAUCCGUUCCCAGGCGAACGUUUUUGUCAUCGAACGUCCGGACAUCAAGACUCAGGUCACUGAGGCUUAUGGGAAGCUGAUCCUCACCUGCAACAUGACCUCACCUUCUCUUCCCAUCGAGGGCCACGAGUGGAUGUACGGAGAGAAGGUCCUUCAAACGGAUGGCGAGCCGAGCGCUUUCACCAGUUAUACAAUGGAGGGGAAGAUGGAAGAACACUCUGGCGUCUACGAAUGCGUCUACAAAACAAGCCCGGUGGUAAAAGGCCAAGUGACUAUUUCAGUUCCACCCCAAGUGAUGGCGUACAAGAAGUCUGAACAUGGGAAUGAGGGGGACACGGGCGUGCUGACCUGCAAGAAUCCCUCUUUCCCCUCUGUCGUCUCCUGGGUUUGGUACAAAAAUGGUCAAGAGUCCAUCGUCAAUGGUUCUGGUCGCUACAUCAUCAAGUCCAGUGGCAACAAGACAGAGCUACGUAUUCUUAAACUGAAUAUUGAGGAGGAUGCAGGUGACUAUCACUGCAAUGCCACCAACGCGUUUGGCACUGGUAGUGCUACCGUAAACCUGCGUGUCCGCAGCCGCCUGGCAGCUCUCUGGCCCUUCCUGGGGAUUGUGGCAGAAGUCCUCGUUCUUGUCACCAUCAUCUUCAUCUACGAGAAGAGGAGGAAGCCCGAUGAGGUUCCCGAUGAUGAUGAUGGAGGUUCUGCACCGCUGAAAAGCAAUGCUACAAACCACAAGGACAAGAAUGUCCGCCAGAGAAACGCUAACUAAGAGCGGGACCAGGUGAUGUAGAUGAAGAAUUCGUCUGGACAAUUAUGUUUUCUGCUGAUUUUUUUUGGUAAAAUAGCACCGUGCGAUAUUCUAGUCUGUCCUUGCGAUUAAGUUACUUCACUUUCUAAAGAAACUUUUAAGUUGUAGAAUCGAAAAUACACUUUUUUAAAAAAAAAAUAAUAAAA